AUGCUUUCGAUCCAACACAGCACAUUUUUCUAUCGUUGCGCUGGUUGUCAUCAAAUUGUCAGUAAAUCCGAUCUAGUCUUCCGAGUUCGAUCACGUGCUUUCCAUUUGGAUUGCUUCCGAUGUGCUGUCUGCGAUCGACUACUACAACCGGGAGAAGAGAUCGCCUUUCAGAAUGAGCAGGUGUGUUGCCUCAAUCAUGCCCAGCUGUCUUCUCAACGAUCCUGCCUGGACAUGGGUACCAAGUCUACCUGGAUGCCUAAACUGAUUGGUCUAUCCGGUUCUAUUGAAGAUCAACUAGACCGGGGUCUCUUCAAACAAAAAUCCGCGAGCAGCACGGACGGGUCAUCGCAAAAUGUGAAAGUCCUGAAUCCUGGUGGUCUGUUACCCUCGUUGCUUAACACACGAUCAGAUACGAUCAAGGCUAGUGAUCCGGUGGAAUUUGAUGAAUCUGGUACGUAUGAUGACUUAUGCCUGACAGCCAGUGCUACGGGGACAAUAGAUUCAACGACAGGAGUAGGAGCUCGAACUGGCGGGACAAUCCUAACCGAGUUGGUCAGUACGGACUUCACCGAUACCUACUGCUCUAGUCCGCAAAUACGGCCAAACAGUUCAGGAAGUUCGUUGGGUGUAGCACUACGUGACACUGAUAGUCCAAUGACUGAGAGCAGUGAGACUAGUAGCUUGUUGGGUUUGGGCACAUCAACCGCAGGGGCCGGGAUCAGUGAGGCCGGACACGGUUCGGUCGGCCAAAGCUCGCUGAUGCCCUUGGUGUUCGGUGGCUCGGGCACCCCGGGGCCCAGUGCGCAAAACAAUUCCGUGGCCCCGAAUGGGACAAGUUCCGGGUCGAACAGUGGCGCGACAAAUGUAACCACCAACGGAAGCAUGACAAUUGGACAAUUGGAUACUGGAAGUCAAGCCGGGAGUGGCAGUUCCAGUAGCGGGACGAGCGCGUUGGGUUGCGGUGAUGAGGUGGUCCAUAGUAUUGUUGUCUCACGAACUGGCUCCCGUCCGGGCAAAUCCGGUGGAUCCAAACGAUCCAAAGAUCACAAAGCGACCAGAGUUCGUACGGUACUGAACGAAAAACAACUGCACACAUUACGCACGUGCUACGCGGCCAAUCCUCGACCGGAUGCGUUGAUGAAAGAACAACUGGUUGAGAUGACCAGUCUCAGUCCGCGUGUCAUUCGAGUUUGGUUUCAGAACAAACGUUGCAAGGACAAGAAACGUCAGUUAUUGUUGAAGCAAAUGGAACAACAUCAACAGGUGAGUAAAAAAAUACAUCGCAGGGUUGGCUCUUUUCGUCAGCGGUUAUCAACUGCAAAACAUGGAACAGUCUACUAA